AGAGGGGGCAGUUCACUGGAAAAAGAAGAGGAAGCAAGAACUGACAAGGACUGAAAGAAAAAAAAUCACCACAAUCCACACUAAUUUUAAGUCAGUGUGGCAAUUUACCUGUUGACUGGAAACCUGCCUAAAGGAAGUGAUCCCAGGUCAAUUCUGACAGCAGCAAAAAGGUUUUGUUUUUACCAAAUGGGAUGAGAGCUAUUUCCGUUUCUCACUGGGAUCCUCCAGGCAGUUGUUGCUUUGCCACAUGCAGAUGCAUGCUUUAAAUACAAGCGUCACUUGUGAAGAUUCCCGUCACACUCUACGAGAGCAGGGCAGAGCACAUGCAGGUGCGCAGAGCGGCAGGUUCAACCAGACCACAGGUCUGACGGUUUAGCAGCAGACCCACUUCCUCAUUGAGAGUUGAGGCAGAGCGAGCCAACAUGAGUUUCCUGUGACGCAUCUGUGUCUCUGGAACUACAACAGGCCUGCUCAGGUGUUGACUGUCUUCAGAGGAAAGCUGUGAUGCCGUUUGUGUCCAUAUAGACUUGUGCCUCAUCAGUGUGUGUCUGGAAUAUUCAGCCAUGCUACAGCAGUCAGAGCUCAUCUUUGACUUUGCCAGUGACCAUGUCAACAUGUCACAGUUAGGGGUCUACUCAGAUUACCCUGCAGUGAUUGUGGAGCAGGUUCCCGAUCCACACCUGCUCUCAUAUGCCGGUCUGGCAUGUGAACAGUCACUGACCGAGGAGGAUCACCAGCAGAUGCUCAAAGUGGAGCUGUGUGAAAGUGGAGAAGAAGAGACCAUGGAGACGCUCGUUGCUGCAGACUCGCUUCUUAACAUGGACUGCCCUGACGGCCUCUCGAUAGAGCAACAUUACUCCCAGACCUUCCUACCAUCACUGGGUGAUGUCAUCACUGCUCCCGUUACCCAGGUGACUGUGUCAGCAGACGGGAUUGUGGGACCUGUUGAUCAGUCACAAUGGCACUUGUUGCACACAAAGAAGCCUGCCUCACAGCUGCAAUCCAAAAAGAGAAGUCGAAAACCUCGACUUCGAAGGGCAGAGUCUCCCACACCAGAAAUUAAAGUGAAAAAAGACAAAUACAACAAAGGGGGAAACACACUGUACCUGUGGCAGUUCCUCAUGGAGUUGCUGCAGGAUCGGCAGGUCUGCCCCCGCUACAUCAAGUGGACGAAUCCCGAUGCAGGCAUCUUCAAGCUGGUCAACUCGAAAGCAGUGGCGAGACUCUGGGGCAAACACAAAAACAAGCCAGAUAUGAAUUAUGAGACAAUGGGCAGAGCACUCAGGUACUACUACCAGAGGGGGAUCCUGAAUAAGGUGGAAGGCCAGCGUCUCGUCUACCAGUUCACCUCUCUGCCUAAAGACAUGGUUUAUAUCACAGAUGGGGAUGGCACCAAAGAAGAAGAAGAUGAAGAUGACCACACCAACAACAGCGGCAAUGAAGACGCUGUGAGUGAUGACUCGGACGACUGCACAAUAUCUUCGAGUGACCAAUCAGUGGAGGAGGAAAUCUCCCACCCACCACAAAAGAAGAUGUCAUCCAUUAGUGCCGUCCAAACCCCAGUCAACCAGCGGACCAGGCUGGCCACCAGGCCUCCAGGCCAGCGUGACACUGUCCUGCGAUCUGCCAGUGCCAGCCUCAUUCAGGAGAAGCACUUACCAAUUGUGUCCGCUGAGAUGCUGCGGACCCUCCAGAACCUGGAGAAAGUCCAGUCCCUGCAGCCUGCGGGUCACGCUUCAGUCUUUAAAACAGCUCAGUUGCUGGGGAGCCUGUAUGAGCAGCAGGCCGCUGCUGUGAUGAUUCAAGACAGAGAGAGUUCACCCAAGGCUCACGAUAAAGAUUCACACCAAGGUCAUAAAUCCUCUCAAGGAGAGACUCCUCAGCUGGUUCCUCUCACCACCUCUGACCAGUAGAACAGAGCUGUUCAUCACCAAACACACACACACACACACACACACACAUACACUCCACUCACUCAGGACCAGUCACAGAGCUGCACUUUGCUGUGGCAUUGACUCCACACAAGGGCCUACAUUUCAAAAGUGUCUAAAAGAGAAGUUAUUUAUUCAGGAUAUAUAUUUUUUUUUUUUUUUAAAUACAGCGCUAACAAAGGUAAUUCUAAAUCCUUCCUUACUGACAUUUGAGUUGAGAGGAAAUUGGCAUGAGCCACAAUCUCACAACAUUCAGCAGUUUGGUUAAGGCUACAUCCAGGCUACUCCGUUUCCAUUUUAAAACACGUCAAUUCUGCUACACACUUAUCUUAAUUAUCCCGUUGUUUCAGUGCCCCAAAAAUGGAGAAGUAUAAAAACACUGCAAACUAAGGGUUGCAUUUUAGUAUAAAUGGGCAAAAACUUAACUUAUCAGCUAAAAAAGAAAAGCGCCAUACUGUCAGUUUUAGUUUCAUCUCAUCAUCAGUCAUUUUUAUUACCUUUUACUUGAUUUUUUGUUGAUUUUCAUUAGUAAUACUUUCUGAAGCAAACAACUGCAGAGGCUGACUUCCUGUUUACACUGGCAUACGCAUGCCCAGUGAACCUGGAUGGUCAUCAGUAUAGAUGCAGAUUUCUUCUUUAAAUAAAAACACAAUAGUAUGGAUGUAGCCUUAGCCCAUAUUCACUGUGGAUACAUGUGCAGCACAUUAUGGCUGCAGCAAGUCUCUCAUUUCAUUUAGCCACACAUUUAUAAGAUUUCACAAUACCCUUGGUUUGGAGUGAGCAGUGUGGCUCGUUUUGGGAGUAGACCUCUCAUUUAUUUUUUAAAGGAAGCUGCGUUCAUGUCACAACAAGAACACAGUGAAAAUAUUUUUUCUUCAGUUUCAGCAUCUAUAUUUGUUGCAUAUGUCACAAAUACAGCAUGUCCUGUUCUUAUUUCAUAGUACAGCAAAAGCACUCUAGUAUUUCAUUCCCCUGAUUUGCUUUAUUGUGAAAUAUUUGCAGCACCAAUGGAUGUGCAGCCUCUUAUGAAGAGUCCUGGUAUUUACUUAAGGAGUAUUUAGAGUAUUUAAAGGUUGUUUAUGAUUUUUUUUUUUCUUCAAAGGCAAACUCUGUAUAAUUGUAUAACAUAGCAGGAGCUCCACAGCAGCUCUGUGGCAGGUGAGCAGGAGAAACGCGACUGACAAAUGCAGAACAGACUCGCACGAGAAGUAGCAAAUCGGCAUCGCUGUGGCCACACAAUGCACACGCAUCCACUGCGAAACCAGCCUUAAUUUCCUGUUUAUCUCGGCCUUCUAUAAUUCUCUUUAUGUGUUAACUGUGCACAACACCAAAGACGGACAUGCACUGGAAUCCACCGCCUCCCCACACCUUCUGCAGAUACACCUGCUGCUUGCACGUGGGCUCCAUCACCCUGGAGCUAAUUACCUAAUCAGCACACUGUGUCCUGUUAUGCCUUAAUCUUUCGCUAUUCUUACUUACUUUUUUUUUUAAACUAUCACAUGCUCAGUCAUUCUUCUUCCUCGAUGCACUAAAGUUUACCCCUGCUGUAUGUUUCUUCUCUUAAGUGCCUGAAGAUCUUAGACCCUCCUGCCCCUGCUUCCACUUUUCCUGGUAAUCAUGAGGUUGUUGAGGGAAAAACAUUCCAUAUUAUUGUAUAUCAAUAUUGUUUUGUUUUUUUAAAAAAAAAAAAAGAUUACUGAAUUGUGUUUGUAUUGUUGAAAAAACAAGGGAUCACUGUGAUAUGUCUAGAAUAGGAAUUUUAGCACUGCUGCUGUUUAUAGUGGACCUGCCUUCUGUUGACAAUCUAUGACUUUUACUUCGCUACAGUGCCUCCUGUAGUGUGUAUAUUCUGUUUAGUAACAGCACAUACAGUACAACAUAUAAGCGCUCAUGUGGACUUCUAAGGCAUAUUUUUGUGUAUCGUGUGUUAGAUACUGUAUCUUUGUGAAUAUGCUUGAUUUUGUGCCUUAUUGCCAUUUUCUCUCUCAGGUUUGCAUGCGUUUGUUUUGCUGCACAGAUCCUGUACGCUAUGCAAAUUAGUUUAACAGCUAUUCUUUUAUAAAGAGGAAAUGCAAAGUUUAGCAUUUUUGGCUUCAGUUGAUCUUAUUUAGCCUCACAAAUCCAGAUUUGAAAGUUUAACUUGAAAUGAAAACGACAUGUGAGAUGUAAGCUGUGUUCUGUGAGGCUAAACUUUGGUAGAGAAUGUUUAGAAUUGUGCCUUUUUUCCAAAGGAAAUUCCGCUAUGCAAAACUGUUUUCAAUUCAUUCCUUAGUAAAGCUUUUAUUUUGAAAUCCCUCUCACUUUGCUUUAUCUGGAGGUGCCUUCAUAUUUUAAGUUUUACUGAUAUGAGUUUGUGAACUUGUAGAGGGAGAGGUGGCGUUUCUGUUGUUUUUCUUUUCUUUUCGUGUUUGCUUUCAUGCAAUCCUGAGGUGUUGAAUAAGAUAAUGAUCUAUUAUAUGAAAUAAACCUAAUUCCAUCA